AAAGCAGACGUAUAUAUCGGCGACGUUUGGUACGGGAGCGCGAGCGCGAGUGCAAGUACACGAAUAUAAAAUACGACAAGUUCUACUCGAGUCCAUUCGCCUACUGAUCUAAACGUUAACGCAGCAGUAUAAUAUAGUGCACAAAGGGCACUCUAGGACGCGGUUGCCGAAUUAACGUGCCAUACUAACAACAACAAGAAGCAACAUUUCCAUGGUCCAAGGCAAGCAGGAUGGCGGGCUCUGCCUCUGCAGGAGAAAAAUGCAGUUUCCAGUUACGGAGAAUAGGAGCCCCUGCAACAUGCAAAGGAAUAAAAGAUUCGUACAGAUUGCAAGAAAACAAGAUGCUGAUUGGUCGUCAUCUAUCUGCAGUUGACAUCUACCUGAACUCAUCAGUCAAUAAAAAACUAAUCUCAAGACAACAUGCUGAAUUGUGGAUAGAGUGCCAUCAUGACACACAAGUCGUGUAUCUACUUGAUAAAAGUACAAAUGGAACUUUCAUAAACGACAUCAAGAUUGUUGGCAAGGUGAGACUUACAGAGGGUGACACAUUGACCUUUGGGCACACUCAAGGAAUUAGAAUUCAACCUGGCAUGCACAAACAACAACCAAAGUCUGAAUUUAGAUUUGUGUUGGAAAAGGCGUCCUCCGAAAACACUCCACCCCAUAGUGCCAGCAGUUUUAUCUCAGAUAGGCAAUCUCCAUCAGCAUGUAGGCAUCAACAUAGUCCUGAUUUUGAGACAAAUGUUAGUACCAGUACAUCAAUGGAACUCUUGACCCAUCAAGACCACUAUCAAGAAGGUGCAGUCAAUGGACAAGAAUGUUUCCAAAGUUUGCCUUGUACUACAAAUGUGAAAUUAUCACCUGUAGUCUGUCAGUCAUCACCAAAGAUAUGCACUGUGGAUUGUAACCAGUUAAAGUGCGACUUCAGAGAUGACACAGUUGCUGCACUCUCUGCUGAACCUUUCACUACAUGUCAUCAGCAAGGCCCAGUUCAUCAGAAGAGAACAGAGGAAUUUAGUGAGGAUGCAGAGAAGACUAAACUCCAUAAUACAGAAACAGAUAAUGAAUUACUGGAGUUGACAUCUAUCAUCAGUGCUAAGGCAGCAAAAUUUGACUCUUCAGAUUCAGACAGGGACUUGGAGGAAUUACUCCCAGUGUUUCCUAAAACGCAACAACAUUUACCACCUUCAAAGUGUAUUUAUCCACGGACAUAUCCAGAUGCAAUUGCAUUAGAAAACUCAAGGUAUGAAGCUUUCAAGUUGGAGAGUAUUCCUCGUUCAUCACAAGUACUGUCAAUAGCGCAGUCUCAGCUCUCCUCUGAUGAUGAUACAUACUCUAGCUCAGCUUGUCAUCAUGUUGACGCCACACAUGCUAACCAUUUGCCAACUUUAAGUACCUCACUUGUACCGCAGUUCACCUCAAAACAGACAUCACCACAGAACAUUGAUGGAGCCAAGUGCAAAAACAGAGGAGGCCAUGCAGUAACAAACAGAAAGAAGAAGAAACGAAGACAAGGAUACCUGAGAACAAGUACUAAAUCAAACAGUGGAGUAGACGCAAUUGCUGCACAAGAUUUGGAGGCAGAAGUGUGUGACUCAUAUGAAUGCUGCAAACCUACAGAUAAGACUGUUGAUUGGGUACAAUGUGAUCGCUGUGACAAGUGGUUCCAUGUUGCGUGCGUCGGCUGUGAUUAUGAUACAGUCAAGAAGGAUUCGGCUGCAUUUAACUGCGGAUGUACCCACAAAUUUUAGACUUUCAUUCUCAUACAAGCGUACAAAAAUACAAGUGUGACAUGUUGGUUAGUAAUCAUUAUCAUGAAAAAUAAUCGUAGAUUUUCACGUCAAUUUAAUAUAAAUGUAAAAGUAAUCACCAAUGGUUUCUGUGUUAAGCUGUUUAUUGUCUUAACAUACAAUGCACAUAUGCGUGUCGUAAAGUUGCCCAAAAGAGCACUAUGAUUUGUAAGUCAUUUUUAUAUGAAGUAAACUUGACCGUUGCUUUUGAACGUUAAGGUCAUGCACGUAUACGUCCAUGCAAUAUAUAAACAUAGAUUUAAUUGCACUACACUUCGAGAGAUUUACUCAUUACAAAUUUGAUGUUUUUAUGUCAAGUUCAUGGAAGCACGAAUAAAUACAUUAAGUGAACAUAGAUUUAAUUUUUUUUCAAAAGUUUUUGCAUUACACUUCGAGAGAAUUACUCAUAAAUUAAAUAUUUGUUGAUGUAAAUAAAAAAAAAACGCAUUCUUUUUGAAUAAAUUUUACGCAACUGCGUGUCCCAGAAACAAUU